UUUCGUCUCCCUGAUGUUCACACGGCCGAUUUGGGCGCCACGCAAUCAGACGGUCGACACUCGGCUCCCAUUCAUAUGUUGCCGGCGAUAUGUCGCAUCUGCGCUGCGGGAGGAGUAAUAUGCCUGCACAACAACGGAAUUGCACUGGCAUCUUUGUCGGGUGCGGAUACGGAUGCGGAUGCGGAUGUGGGUGUCGUCGGUCUAGCUUUCGCUCACACCACUCCACAAUCCCAAAGAUACCUUUGGUCCAAAUUAACGGACGUGACCCACUGCGGCCUCCUCGACGACCCUGGCCUUAUACGACAACCAUCUGGUUCAAUAUGUCUGGCGCCGUAGCAAUGGGGGCCGCCUUGGCCGCAAGGAGGGCAUCGAGCAGCCGUGCACGACGAAGGAGCUCUGUGGUCUCUCAGUAUCAAUCUAGCACUGGCGACGAGCAGGACGAAGCGCUGAUCGCACAGCUGAAACAGCUCACAGGGACCAUCAACCAGCUCUAUGCCAACCUUGAGCAAUCCUCCAAGGAUCUACAGAAGAUGUUUGAGAACCUGAGGAUUCUCAGGACCUCGUGCAUGAUUUUGGUCGAGGACAAGGGCGACUCGAGCUCCGAGUCCAGCAGUAACUCGAAAAUGGCCGAGGGACUAUUGAGCAUUCCCAAGCUGGAGUCUGGGGGCGGAAGCUUCAAUUCGAUGGCCAUCGUAGCCGAUGACGACAGCAUCAGCAGCGCCAGCGUCCAGUCGAUCGACAGCCAGACCCGGCGACAGAUUGUCGAUGCAUUCGAGCGUAUCACCACCAAGCCCAUCGAGGAGUUUUCGCCCGAGCUGGGGAAUCUGUACCCGGUCGGCCUCAUGGAUGACAGUAUCAUCAAGGUCUUGAGCAACUACAGCACACGGACGCAGGACUCGCCCAAAGGACGGCGGCCCGACGACCGCCCACAGGGCAGCGAUAGUGCAUCCGGCUCGGGCUUCCUCAGCAACUUCAAUGUCUUCAGCAACCGGAGUCUGUCCAUCUUUGGCGUCCCAACCCGCCGCGAGUCUCUGGAGCCGCGAACAGAGGCAUCGUAUCCAUCGAUCAGCCGGAUCCUGGGCUGGUCAAGACGAGCCAGCAUCGAUCCAGGCACCAAGAUCUCGGGCGACUCUAACUAUUCCCGCAAGGCAUCCAUCUUCUCCCGAGCCACUGGCAGCUCGUAUCACUCCCGAAUCGAUGCGAGCGACCAUUUCCGACCCGAUUCCUCGGCUUCGGGUUCGGACUUGGGAGCCCGCCCGAUUCGCUACGACGCUUUCAACCAGAGCCAUCGGACUUCGAUUGUCCAAAAGGCCUCGGCAAGCAAAGCGCCGCUGCGUGGCAUGGAUUCCAAACCCCCGGGGUCUGUGCGCGAGGACGCAAGGGCCUUCCGGGCCACCAUCAGCCAAGACAACAUGCCGGUCGGAUUUGCGAAUUUGUCGGCCGAUUCUAUGUUGCGCCUUGGAUUCCAAAGGUCGCCCGACACACCGGGCCGCCCGGACAGGGCUCAUCUGUCGACCGACCGUAUCAUGCACUCGGGCAGCUACGACGCCGUGAGCUCGCCGUCGGGGUAUCUCCAGAGCCACGGCAUGCGAUCGAGCUCAACGGAAGGACCAGAGUUUGGCAGGUUGCUCAAGGCGAAGAAGAGGCGAUAGAGCCGGGCACAAUGCCGCAAGCGCCUCUGCGGAUGCCCCGAGCACCUCCACGCAGACGUAUGUGAAGACGAGG